AUGACUUCUGAUUUAGAAACAAAAACUCUUUUGGAUAAUCAUCAAGAGGAAGAGCGAACUGAGAAAAGUCCAUUGGAUUCUUCUACGUCUUUAUUGGAUAUAUUUAUUCGUGUGGUUGUGAUCAUUCUGUUUGUGAUAGGGUUACAAAUGGGUGGUUUGACGAAAAACCAGUAUGUAUAUAAGUGGGUAGAGGAAAAUUCAAACUCAAGCACCAACGUGAUGAACACUUCUUAUGACAGCACAUCGACAACUAUAUCACCAGAUCCGUGUGGGGGCAGUGUCAGCGCCAAAAGUGAAAAGAAAGACCAGUCAGAGGCUGCAUUAUGGUUGUUAUACUUCUCCCUAUGUGAGCAUGGGAUAGCUAUUCCGAUGAUAUUGAUGUAUAGUUCAUAUUCGGAUUUCGUUGGAAGAAAACCGCUUAUGAUAAUUUCCUGUAUCGGCUACUGUCUACAAUAUGCUACCAAGGGUUUUAUUGUUUACAAAAAUCUUUCGUUAGUUUAUUUCUUUAUUCCAUAUGUUUUGGCGGGAAUAAGUGGUGGCCACUACCCAUUUUAUAUUGCGAUGACAGCAUCUGUGGCAGACAAAACGGACAGUAACAAGAAGAGGGCUUUUGGUAUAGCAUUAUUCGAAGCGGUAACUGGGGUUGGUGUGAGUUCCGCUCAAGUUGGUACUGGGUACCUGAUAAAGAGUUUUGGAUAUAUGUACCCCAUGGUAGCAGCGUCAGGAAUAUUCGCUGUGUGUUUCUUCAUUACACUGUUUGCGAUAAAGGACACACGUUUACCUAGAUCAACUAAACAUAUCACAAUUGGCGUUCAUCUCAAAAAUAUUUUUGGAAUGUUUUUAAGCAAAUCUUACAUCCUGACUGGCAGUGUUUUAACAUUCAAUUUGACAAUGUUAACUAUUUUUCUCUUGCUUAUGGCUGCAUCGGAUUCCUCUACAAUUGGAGUACUUUAUCAGCUUCGUUCGCCAUUUUGUUGGGAUUCAAGAAAAAUAGGGUGGUAUGGAUUCGGAACCGAUAUUUUAAAAUACCUCUUUGGUUUGGUAGUUGUUAAGUGGCUGCAGAUGUGCCUUCCUGACGGUACAGUGAUCAUGAUCACCAUCACAUCCGCUAUUGCUUCUUCAGUUAUUACAGGUUUUGCUGACACAAGUCUGAUGCUGUAUAUAAGCUCAGGGGCGGGUAUGCUCUCUCUCAUGUCUAGACCUCUUCUCCGAGCUUUUUCAUCUAACUUGAUUGAAAAAGAUAAACAAGGUGCUGUAUUUGGCAAUACAUAUGUGAUUGAAAACAUAUGUAGUAUGCUCAGCAAGACUAUCUUCAGCGAAAUAUACGCUCGGACUCAGACUUUCAUGGCCGGUUUUGUAUUCCUUAUAAUGGGGGUAUUUAACCUAACAUCGUUGAUUGUGUUCAUGAACAAGCGUUGGAGUACUGUCCAUGUUACAAGGUGUGGCGAUUCGUUCAGCUUUAUCUGUGAUGGUGGUGGUGAGAAAGCAAGGCUCUUGGUGUAUGAACUCGUAGUGAUCUUAACGGCUAUAGCGGGCACCUCUUUAGCAACCAACAUCUACCAAGCAACAGUAACGAUCCUCCGUGGAUUUACCUUCCUAGUGGCUGCAUACUUUUUUGUAGUGCUGUUGGUAAUAAUUAUAUGUCUAUUUGGUGGUAUGCAUCCAGAAGCUGGAUCGAAAAGGACUAGUACUGCUUACAAAAGAACAAGCUAUAUAGCAACCUAUGGGUCGACUACACAGCAUUCAUCCAAUGUGAACUCGGGUGGGAAUAGAUCAAGCGAGGUGUGA